ACGAAAGAGCUUCAGAAGUUUCUUUUAUUGCUUUUGUGACUGUAGCAGGAGUAAUUCUGCCAUAGGAGUGUUUAUCCGUUGGGCUGGAAGCUUUCUUGUCGUGUGCUAUUUACUUUGUUGGUGGUAGUGGUGCUGGUGGUACAGCAGGUGGGAGGUGGGGGGGUUGGUCUGUCUUUAGAGAACUUCAGUUAAUUCUGAGUUUCUAUAGCAGAAUGAAUAAUGCAUGGAAACAGCGGCGGCGUGCGCCGCAGGUGGUGGGCCUUGGGGUUGAUGGCGGUGCGCGGCAGUUACACUUUUCCUCACAGAGCGUUUUAACUGGAGACUUUCUUUUUUGCGGUGAAGCUGCCUUGAAGAAAGGAGCGUCGCCAAGUCCACAGCCGGGGACCUCAAGAUCAUGGAGCAGACUGUCUACCUACGCCUGGCGGUUGCCGCGGCUCCUGCGCACCUGUAAACCCCCCGGAACCCCUCGGAGAAGGAGCGGCAGCCAGGGUAAAUCUCCAGCUUGUCUGAUGGAUAUAAAUUUCAGCACAGACCAGAAAUCAUCUGUAGCAAUGGGCAUUCCAGAUAUAGUUUGCAUUAAUUCAGUCAUGCAGGAUCUUGAAAACUGUCAUUUAAAUGCACCAUGUUCCCAUUCUGUUCCGAUUUACAAACCUGAUUUGCACUUUAUGGGGCACAAUAACGAAGAUACAAACAGCCUUGCAUCCCAAGACUCUGGCAUUCCUACACUUGAGAUAAGUAAUCCCGAGCCUAUAAACUGUUUUGGAAUGAACACUAAGCAUUACCAAACCAGUAAUAUGUUCUGCUGUGAUCCUGUUUUGACAAGUUCUAGUGAUAUGCCUUCCAGCUACCAGGCCAGGGCUGUGCUGAACUUGAACUCUGAGAACAGUUUAAGAAAGUCUUCCACAUUUCCUAGGAGUGGAUUUGACACACUAAAGCUCUGUAGCCCUUCUUCACAUGCUUUGAACAGGAGUGAUGAUAUCUCUGUAUGCAGUGUCUCCAGCCUUAGUACAGAACUAUCUACUACACUUUCAAUUAGCAAUGAGGAUAUUUUGGAUUUCAUGGUCACCAGUGACUCUAGUGCUAUUGUUAAUCUUGAAACGGAUGAAGCACACUUCUCUGAUGUCACACUCACAUCUCAGCCUGAUGUGUGUGAGCAGACUCUACAGUGGCCUCGUUCAGGUACCCAAGUAGGAAACAGGUCUGGAAAACUUGGACAUUUUGCAAGUUUCUUUACCAGAAGUUUGUUUGUAAAGAAAGUUAAAGAUGCUAAACUUGCGGAUCAAAAAGGACCUGGUUGGAAAUUGUUUGGCAAAGUACCCCUUCGUGAUGGCCUACUUAAAAAUCCCAAGGAAGUGCAAAAGGAAUAUGAAGACAAAUCUGAACAGUCUUAUAAUUCCCCUUCUCCUCAACAGACAGUGAGAAGGAAUUUGGAUUUCGAACCUCUUUCUACCACAGCUCUUAUACUUGAAGAUCGACCAUCAAAUCUCCCAGCAAAACCAGCAGAAGAAGCUCAGAAACACAGACAGCAAUAUGAAGAAAUGGUGGCUCAGGCAAAGAAGAGAGAACUGAAAGAUGCACAAAAGAGGAGAAAGCAAUUGGAAGAAAGAUGCAAGCUGGAGGAAAGUAUUGGAAAUGCUGCCUUGACUUGGAAUCAGGAAAUUUUACCAAACUGGGAGGCAAUGUGCCAUUCUCGAAAAGUGCGGGAGUUGUGGUGGCAAGGUAUACCUCCGUGUGUGAGAGGAAAAGUGUGGAGCCUGGCUAUUGGCAAUGACCUAAAUAUAACCCAUGAACUGUAUGAUAUCUGUCUUGCACGAGCUAAAGAAAAAUGGAAGUCCUUGCCAGUUGCAAGCCCAGAGGCUGAAAGUGAAGAACCUGUAGUACCUUUGGCUGACAAAGAAGGAAGUCUGGAACUUAUAAAACUAGACAUUUCACGAACAUUUCCUAAUCUCUGUAUUUUUCAGAAGGGAGGUCCAUAUCAUGACAUGCUGCAUAGCAUUUUGGGAGCAUAUACCUGCUAUAGACCUGAUGUUGGAUACGUGCAAGGAAUGUCUUUUAUUGCAGCAGUUUUGAUUCUUAAUCUGGAUACUGCAGAUGCCUUCAUUGCUUUUACCAACCUUCUGAAUAAGCCUUGCCAAAUGGCAUUCUUUCGGGUGGACCAUAGCCUUAUGUUGACCUAUUUUGCAGCUUUUGAAGUAUUCUUCGAAGAAAAUUUACCAAAGUUGUUUGCUCAUUUUAAAAAGAGUAACUUAACUCCAGAUAUUUAUUUAAUUGACUGGAUUUUCACAUUGUACAGCAAGUCAUUGCCAUUAGAUCUUGCCUGUCGUGUUUGGGAUGUUUUUUGCCGUGAUGGGGAUGAAUUUCUUUUCCGUACAGCUCUGGGUAUCUUGAAACUUUAUGAAGAUAUUUUAACCAAAAUGGAUUUUAUCCACAUUGCUCAGUUCCUGACAAAGCUACCAGAGGAUAUUCCUACUGAAGAGCUAUUUGCAGCUAUUGCUGCCAUCCAAAUGCAAAGCAGAAACAAAAAAUGGACUCAGGUACUUUCUGCAUUACAAAGAGACAACAAAGAACAGGAACGAUGUAGCCCAAUAUUAAAACGCUGAAGAUAAAAGCCAUAUAGCAAGAAUAAAAACUGUUGAAGUGAUCAAGUGUUACAGGGCAGGCCCUGAAUAUCAAGAAAUUGCUGUUUUAAUUUGCAAAGAACUUGUUAUAAGGAAUUUCUUUUUCGUUUAUGCUGGAGUUGUCCUUGAGCAAAGGACUAAAGCCUUAAUAUUUAUCUUGCUGUAUGUAUAAUGAAAAGUGCAAUCUUAUUGAAUGCAGUGUUAAAUAAUGGGAUAGAAAAACUCUUUUUAUAGGUUUUAUUUGAAUGUUUCCAGUCACCUUUUCUGUCACUUUAGGCCUCCUGUUUCCUUCCAUAAAUAAAUCUGUGUUAAGUUUAAAUACAUUUUAAUUUUUGAUAAAUUUAUUUCUGUACACUGAACAUAAUAUGCUGAAAACACUGUUUGAUAUUUUUUUGUAAAUUCCUAGGUGUAUUUAAUCUGAAAAUAAACUGUUUUUACCUA